AUGGUUUUAGCUUCUGAAAUUUUGUUAAAAUCAAUGCAAUUUGCUUUGCUCGUUAAUAUUGUUAUAUUUUUGUUGUGUGUUUACUGAAUUGUCGAGCGAAAUAUAGUGGUGCGAGCUGAGUUCUUUUCGUUCUGAGAGACAUGAGAAUUUGCAAAAUAUAUUUGAGUAAUAUCUGAAUAAUUUAUUAUGAUUUGAUUCAUAAAAGUUGAAUGUUGUGACAGUCACCAGGCAUUAUGAUGUUAUACCGCGUUUCAUAAAAAUUUCGAAGAAAGUACAAUUAGUUACUUUUGAAAAAUCGGUUGUACAGCUAAUGGAACAAGUGAAAGAUAUACACGUUUCUACUUACGUUUAUUCACCGUUUUAUUCUUUGAUAAUUUUAAAUCAUUAGUUGAGUUUUUGUAGAAUCAACGCAUAAUUAACACUAUGUUACAUUAUACACAGAGAUAUAAUUAUUGUAACGUUUAUUUGACAUAACCGAUUCAUACUAAUUUCGAUUCAUAUUUCUCUCGACAGUUCAGUUUUCCAAUAUCGGACUUUGGUCGAAUGAGAUUCGACCUGUGAACUUCACAAGAAUAAUUAACGAAGCAAUUAAGCGCUAGAAUUGCGCCACAGCCGCAGAAUUCACGACAUUUUCACUCACGUUAGUAAAUUUCGUGAUUUUAACGUUUUCAUUUACAAAGACAUCAAUUUCACGGUUGUCUCGCGUCUGUUGUUUGCUCGCGGACGCGUCAGCGAAUUCGAAGAUUGUCACGAAGUCCUUUUGUUCGAUUCUUUUGACUUACAUUAUUACAAUAAUGUCAAACAUAGAAAUCUCGCGACAGCCGCGAUUUUUAUAAGCAUCGAUGAAUUAGACGAUCAUCGCGACGUCUUGUCUCAAUUCUUUUUGAUCUACAUUCACGUCACAAUUUAUGGUUUAUUAGAUUUCAGUCAUUGAAGUAUCUUUACAAUAGCCGCGGUUGUUUCUUGCGUAAGAGAUUUGUACGUACACCGCGACAUUUCUUCUCGAUUACUUAAAUCUACGUUCCCGUCACGAUUUACAUUAUACCGAUUUCGAUACCGAUUUUGCUCGUUGAAGCAAAAAUUCUACAACAGCCGCAAUUAUUUAUCUGCGGCCACUUACUGCGGUCGAAUGAGAUUCGACCCAUGAACUUCGCAGAAUAUUUAGCGAAGUAAUUAGGCGCUAAAAUUGCGCCACAUACGCAUACGUGGAACUCGCAAUUAUUUCGGUCAUGUUAAUCAACUUUACGAUUAUUGUAGUUUUAAUUUUCCCAUUCACGAAGAAAAGAAUUUCGCGAUAGUCAUGCGAUUAUUGUUUACAGCCGCGCGACAACAUUCUCGAGACGUGGAGAUUUCGCGAAAAUAUCAAUUGUUUACUUCGCGUUAAUCGAUUUUUCAUCUCAGUUUUCAAUCGUUUCAAUUUUUCAUCUUCGUUUCAAUUUUUUUUUUUGCAUUCGCGUUGCGAUUUUGCAAGCGCGUUUCGUCACCAGCGAGUACGCUCUCGAAGUGUCGAGAUUCGCCGUACUUAAAUCGUCACAUCCGUAAACGUCGUUAAAAUAAUUGUCUCGCGAGUGAAGUGCAUCAAGAGGAAUCGACUUGGACGACGCUGGACGGAUGCCGAGCGACGCAGUGAAUGAUGGACGACGACGGACAACGUCGAUGGACUUCAACGACGCAUAAUGAUGUAAUCUGAAUUCGACCAACACGGUAAAUUCACGUGUCAGCUCGUCGGACGCGCGUCUGAAAAUUGUCUGAAGGUCCACAAAUCAGUGAGUUCAUCUCUAGUCACUCGUUUGUACCGAGACGAAAAGAAAAAACAAAGAGCAAAUAUGGACACGAGUACGGUACGAUUAGUGAUAUUCUUGGGCAUGUUUCUGGUCUUCGCCGGCGACUAUAGCGCACUGAUCUCCACGAUUUUCGGUAAAGCGACAGAGGGGAACGUAACGGACGCUCCCAAAGGGCCGCCCGAGGUUGAUCCUAAGAAACCUCAUGAUGAAGUAUCCGUUUUCUCGAAAAAAAAUGCAGACAAGGAUAACGUUGCUUUGCGCCGCGCCAGGAUGAUUGCGACGAUCAGGACCGCAUGUCUGCCGAAGCUGAUAUGCGAGCUCUCAUCGUACGUCCAUCAGGACCAGCUGAGUGAAAUGGAACGGUCUCUUUUGAAUCUCAUCAGGGACACGAGUCUGAGCACGAUGGCGGAGGUGCCGUCGAGGUACCACUUCGCGGCACAUAUGGGUCAACUGAUUUCCGGUGUGGAGGGUCAAGGCUGUCAUAACUUUUACCCGACGUGUCCACUGGCGCGCACCAACGUGCUCAACAUGAUGAAGAAGGUUCGCCUACGCUGAACAGUCGGGCUGAAAGCUCGACUCGGAAGUCGUACCCGACGAUUUCUGUAUCUGUGAUAUCGCGAAUCGCUCCUUCCUCGCUCCUCUCUCGUUCUCGAGCAGAUUCAAGAACUCGAGGUAGCAUCGACCUGUCGGCGCACACGCACACGCGCGAGAUGGAAAGGGACGUGAAAAAUACGGAGCAACGAAUGUUGUUGCGAUGUCUCGCGAAGCUCGAGAUGUUCUUUUGAUUGUAACGGGGAAUCCUAGUUUUGCGAAUUGGGAUUUUAAGCUUCGUCGAGGCCGCACAGUGUCGAGAAAACGAUGUUAUCGAUAUCUUCUACACUUCGUAGUCAUAAUCCGCAAAUAUAAAUAUCUUACGCAUUAUCAGCGAUUCUCUGCAAAAUUCCUUCCUACAUUCAGCCGCUCACUAAAAAAAUAUAAAUAUAAAAGUAUAAAAAGAUGGGUAAAUAAAAUAAUAGACACAUAUUUGCUCAAUGAUAGUAAUGAUACUAUUUAUUUAUCAAGAGUUCUUAUUGAAAGUUCGUAGCUCUCAUAUCGUGUAUCUCGCUCAUCUCUCGAUCAAACGCGAAAUCCGUCUUCAGGAUAUAUAAUUUAGAAAUUCCGCGUACGUACGAACAUAUGCAUAUUGAAGAGUUUGUUGUACUGCAUGUUACCAUAUUUCAGUAAGCAAAUAACAAAUACAUUCUUCUUACACAUGAAAAUUCUAUCAGUCGUUAUUAUGAU